UGUUCGAAGGCAACCGUCUAUAAAAACGGCCGGCAAGUCCCUCCAGUGACCAUUCGCAACCUCAGGAUCUUGAUGUCAAGAAAGACCACAAGUGAGCUAAUUGUUUGUUGACAAACGACUACAUUGGUCCAUUUCGUCUUUGAAGGCUGUCUUAUCGCUCAAAAUGUCGUCGGAAAAGUGUUCAGUUGGCGGCGUGAUUGCUUUCAUUGUCGGCGUUUUGAUCUUUGGUGUUGUGUUUGGACUGUGGGUUGAUCAGUGCCAACUUGGCCAUGGUUAUUCCCUGAACGUCCGAGUGAAUAACGUCACCUUGACCACCCAUCCCACAGAUAAUGUCUUCUUGGGCUGGGAGUCUCUGUUUGGGAAGCCUGCCGAUGAAAUCUCCGUCAAUAUCCACUCGGCAGUUCUCUGUGGCGCCAGAACCGAACCACAAGAAAUUUACGAGGGUCAGACUCUCAGGUUCGGGGAGUCGUUGUCCGUAAAUUCCUUCUACACCUUUGGCGUCACAUUCUGGCUGGAUGAGGACGACGGUGGGUUUGAAGGAGCAAAUGAUCUUUCGCAAAAGAUCGAGAUUCCUAGCAGCCAGAUGGAUAGCAUGAGGGAAACCCUGGACAACGGGGCCGCAGACUACGUCCAACUGGAUUACGCAGUUGUGGUCGAGGGCAGAAACAUCUUCCAGGAGAAUUCCUGGUUUGGGUUCCUUGCGGAAAACCUCUGCGUCAGCGCGUUGGACUUUGUGUUCGGGCCCUGGACGAGCAAAGCGGUGGGGAGGGCAGCCAUACUCAAGUCUGGUGACAUGGCAAAACUUUAUAAGACCGUUAAACUCGAGCACAAGGCUGGAACGCUUACCAAAAAGAGCCUGUACAAAGCUUUGAUCACCUAUCAAUUCCGCGCGGGAGCUAAGAGUGCAGUUAUAAAUCCCGCCAUCAGUAACGGCAAUGAAAUGGUGAAGGAGUGGGCCAUGGACCAGACCAUGCUUGACGAGCAGAUCAGGGACACCGUCACAUACCUGAAGGAAACAGCUGUUUUCACCGCGACUGGCCAGGAAGGGUUGGACAUCUACCGCGCAGUCAAUGAAGAAAUAGAUAAAUGGGCCGGCUAUCUCGACACUCUCACGGAUUCCCUGGAGUUCUGCCUCGCAGAAGUUUUGCCGCCCUCCCAGGAUGCACUGUACCACGUCAGUCUCACCGUCACGCGCUAGGUAUGGCCGGCCGGCCCUGUGUCAAAUUUUACAAAUGUACUGCUGUCAUUGUGGCCACAGUAAGUGUACGCUAUUUGGUUUGAAUCCAACUUGAACCACAUAGCCUUCUCCUUUUGUGGCUACCUUAUCUCAAAAAAGCUAAAUGAAUACGGUAUCAUAUUUUUCAGCAUUACAUCAAGCGCAUACAAGCGGGCCAUUCAGUUCGAUCUUGUCCGUUCAGAUUAUUUUUCUUUCGCCAUUUUAGUAUUGGUAUUAGAAUCUAUAUCCAUCCAAUCAUAAUGAAGACGAACAUUAACUGUACUCAGAGUUGAAGCUAAUUUCAUAUAUAAAACUUAUUAGUGAAUAUUAUCUAGAAGUAGGCCUAGAUUUAUAGCAAUGUCA